AAAAGUCCUACUGGAACAUGUCCUCCCGUCGGAGCGGCUGGUGACGAACUUUCUCCCCCGAGAUGAACCAGAACUCGUAUUUCGCUCGUGUUCUUCUGUUUCCAGCGGCUGAUCCCGAAACAAGCCGAUCACGGACCAAGAUCACGUGACAACCGUAGACCGCUGCGUCCGCCCUGACGCCUUCAAAAUAAAACGAUCUAGUACUUUAUUAUUGUUUUUAAACAUCGCGUUUUUAAAUUUUACAUCGGGGUCGACGCAGCAGCGAGAGAAAGGAAAAGAGUGAGGCUAACAGCGCAAAGUAAAAUAAUUCAAGGUAAAAUUAGGUUAGAAAAAUAAUGGUUUCCAAAUUUAAAUAGCUGAAAACCCAGAGAUUAUAUUAUAUUCGGUUUUCUAACUGCACCCGUUGUUAUUUUACUUGUAAUGUAAUCUCUCAAACUGUCCCUACAUCUGUUCCUUUCUCAUCUUAAAAUCAUAAUAACAAAAAUUUAAUGAGACCGGAAGUCGUGUUUGUUGUUGCCGGAUGUGCCCGCGCGCUCUCCCGCUUGACUGUGGCUUCCUGACGGCGUGUCUGCACGUGUCCGUGGAUUCAUUGAGGACUUGUGCUGUUUUCUCGUCGCCGGUGUGUUUUCAAGCGUCGCCGUGUUUCGGUCGCUGUGCUCGGUUUGUCGUCGGGGCUUCGGAGUCCGUGUCACGAUGUUCGGAAGAAGAAAACCCCGGUUUAUUCCGUGCUAGCUAACAGCGGAGCUAACGUUAGCCUAGCCCGGGAACAACAUGUUCAGACCCGGGCAGCGACACGUCCUUCGCUAGUUCCACUCAUCAUUGACAUGGAGCACCAGUUCCCUCCGCAGCUGUUCCCCUCGUUUUAUAACAGCGGACCUCCGGAGUCUGUCCUGAGACACUGCGCCGGAGACUGGGGCUGCUACGACCGCGUGAGAGCGGAGUGCGGCUCUGGUCGUGCCUCCAACUGGACCUUUACACCCAGACAUCAGGUCAGAGGGGAAACGUGGCGUCACACUGAGCCUCUACCAGUUCCCCUCCUGCGUCCUAGAAAGACGUUCCUGUGGCCUUCAAAGCCUCCAGAUCCACUGGACUUCAGAGAACAUAUGCAGAACUUCUUCAUGGAUCACUCUCAGGACGCAUUUGGGUACAUGGGAGAAAUUCUCAGCGAAAACUUCAACUUUAAAGAAGGAACGAGAGAAAGAAAUCAGAAGAACUCUGUCAACAUGGGGAAGAUGAAGAAUGUCCUCGAUAUGCUGGAGUUUCAAAUGUGUCACAAGUCGAACUGGUCCUCAAAACUGAACGGGUUCGGUGCGCUGCUGUCGGACGUUGUGCAUUCGGUUCCUCCUGAACUGUUGGGUUCUCUGCUGUAUGAGGAGCUGACGGAGCAGAGAGAACGUAUGCUCUUCUUUGAAGGAGCCACAGGCGGCGCUCUGGCCUUCAUCCCCUUCUCUGAGGGCGGCAGCUCUCAGCACGGCUGCCUCCUCUACCCCGGAAACAAAGGGCUGAACCGACUGAACUUCCACAAUGUGGAGCUGCAGCACUGCAGAGGACGCUCCUCCGUUCUGACGGCCGGCGGCAGCGACCCGAUCCGGUUCCAUCUGAAAGGUCCGAUCAGACAGAUCAGCUCCGCCUCUCUGUUCAACAACUGUUGUGUUGCCGUGCGGUCGGAUCACCUGUGCGGAGUUUGGAGGUUCGGCGAAGGAAACGAUCCUCGUCUGCUUCAGGUCGUCAACACCGCAGAGGUCGCGACCUGCGUCAGCGCCAGUCCUCAUGUUUUAGGUGAAGUCCUGGUGGCGAGUGAGAGCGGAGCAGCGAACCUGUGGACUGUUGGCAAAGGGAUGCAGAAGGUUCGGGAGGAGGAUUCCAAUCUGUACUUCAAUGCCAAGUCGUCGUGGCGAUGGUGCGAAUUCUCCGCCCAUCCCAGGGUGAUGCUGUACGCAGACAGGACGGGGGUGGAGUUCACAGACAUCAGGUCGAGUCCCGUCAGCUGUCACACCCUGUUUCGCAUCAGCAACACGUCAGAGUGUCGGAGCGGAGAGAGGCUCAUCCUGUCCAGAUAUCUGGGAGACGUCCACUCCUUCCACCACCUCAUCACCACUCAGUACUCGGCCUACGUCAUGGACGAGCGUUUCCCCUGCGUGCCCAUGCUCAAGUGGGAUCACAUGAUGGAGUCCCCGCCGUUGUUCUGUCACGUCCUCCCCGGCUCCGCCUCCUCUGGUUCGGUUGUGGGAGGGGAUAGAACCACCAAGGUCGUGUUGGGCUCGUACAGUUCCCAGGAAAUCACCAUGCUGCAGUACUCAGGAGGUCGAGUCGAGGCCUGUUUCAGUCGAGGUCCUCCUCUGGCUCUGCACAGACCCAGAGAGAGUCUGAGACACCUCCCCGUCCAGAUUCCUCACCGCCUGGAUACCGCCACCAACAGACUGUCCUCACCUGCUGCAGGUCUGACGUGUGUUCAGAAGAAAGGAGGAGAGGAGUGUCUCUGUGUCGUACAGCUCACAGAGGCCGGAGAUAUUUUCUACCAGAUCCUCGAGCCGGAUCAUCCAGACGCCGACACGUCUCGACCUCCGGCAGCAGAGACGCUGCCUCGACGGAAAGACGCGGAGACACCAGAGAGAACACCAGCAGAACAUCUCGCACAGGACGCACAGCUCGUUGUAACGGACACGACGAGUGAUGAGGACGUGAUCGGACCGACUCAGGUUGUGCCGAGGUACGUGGCUGAAACACCGGAGAGGGAGCAGACGUCUGACUCCGAGGAUUCAGAGACGGAAGCGAAAAGUCGUUGGCGGAAGCGGUUGGAGCUGCAGGUGAUUGUGAAUGAUGAUCCUGAGCCGGACCACGUGGCUGAUUUGGACAGAGGAGAGACAGACGGAGCUGAAGCCGGUAAAGAACCCGGCGGAGCGGAGGAAACGCUCCGCAGCUCCAGCAGCUCAGGUCGCGUCGGUCCCCCCGAGCAGGCGACUGACGUGAAGCCCAGCAAAGACGUUCUCGUCACCUGGAAACACUGGCUCCAGAGACUGAGGAAGAAGAGCCGUGGGAAGAGGCCCCGCCUACAUUUCACAACCAGAACUGACGGUCUUCUCCAGCUGCCCGGUGGCGACGCGAGAGUUUCUUCAGAGGACGAGCGCGUGCAGAGCCUGAGGCGAGAUCUGAGAGCGUGCAUGUCCAACCGCUCGCUGCUGCUUCACAGCGCUGUGUCCGCCUCCCUCAGAGCUCCAGACUCUGUGCCGCUGCCAGACGUGGUGGACACGGAGGCCUGGACAGAUGAGCUCAGCCAGCGCCUCAAGCUCUCCUGGCAGAGUGAGGACGCGUGGCGGGCGUGGUGGGAGGACAAGCUGGGGCUGAACAAGGAGGAGAAGGUGAAGGCUCUGAGGAGGAAGAGGAGGAGGGAGAAGGAGGCGAAGCGAGCCUCCGGCCAACGCCGGGAGCUGUCGGGGAGCUUCACCUCAUCCGUCAGCUACCAGGACCUGGGCGGUUACUCCGAUUCAGCUGGCUGGUCCUCUGCGGCGAGCCAGGGGGGGUGGUCUGACAGCGAAGGCUUGAUGCCACUGUCUGUGCGCGGGACGCCGGGAGCCACCACACCCUCCACCGUGACGUGUGAAACCCCAGUUCCCACGCCAACCACCACACCUGUGAAAGGUAAACAAGGCGACCAGCAGACUCCCAGCACCUCCUGCACCCAGAGGCCGGAGGCCACAUCGGCCAAUCGCAGGAGCAGCAAACGUCCAGCAGAGGACGAUCUGUUUACACCACAGGUGAGAAACUUUAACUUCCUGGGGGAGGAGGGCGGCGUGCGAUCCCCUCGGAGGACGCCACGGGUGGAUCUGUCCAGGGACGACUUCGUGUGGUCGGGUUUCUCCCAGUCGCUCUCCCAGGGUUCACAGGGUCGACCGGGGCUGUCGCAGUCAUCGCAGGCGUCUCAGAAGAAGAAGAAGUCACGAAUGGGAUUUUGAUGGAUUUGGAAUUUCCUCUGCAAUGACAAGAGACGGUUUCGUUUUUAUUUUUUUGUCUUUGUUUUGGAUCUUUAUUGGUUUUUAUUCUGGAUUAACUCUGGAUCCCUGAAGAAGACGUGAGGCUGAAGGAGGCUGAGUUUGAGGAGUGAGUCGAAUUUAUUACACUUGUUUUGUGGUCAUGGCUUUUGUUUGCUCUGGCGAUUGUGUGUGUUUGUGUGUUUGUGUGAGUUAUAAUUUGUGUUUUUCCUCGACUCGAGCAGAACUUAUUGAUUUCACGUCAUUUCUUAAAGCUCCCACUCAAAACACUGAGACUGCUCCUGCUUGUGAUCAGACUUUGUGCCUGUGCUCAGAUAUUUGGUCGCUUUGACUCAUUUCCUGCGCUUUAGCUCAAAUAAUGUUAUGAUAUUGAAAAGUCAUUAAAAAGUAUGAAUCAUUAGAAAUAAUCUACACAACUCGAUUUGCUUGUUUCUCUGGAAACCGUCGUCGUCUCUGUGAACGACUCGCUGGUUUAACUGAGGUCGGACUCAGUUGUUUGUUUGUGUCUCAAGUUAAAGAGAAUCUGUUGUUGAAAGGAUUUUUUUGUAUAUAAGGAAUUUUGACAUCCUCCCGUCUUGUGACCUUGACUCUGUGUGUUUGAUUAGUUGAAGCUGUUUGACUGAAAUGUUUAAUUCUUAGUCUGGUUGUUAUGGGAUUUAUUGUCGUUCUCCGACAUCAAUCUAGUUUUUCUGUCUUGGUAAAAGAAAGGUCACUUCAGUGGCUGAAUUACUUUUAUAAACCAUUUAUACUUUUGCUUUUCUACACAAACAAAGAACUGAAUUUCUCAAUAAAAACAGAAGAUGA